AUGGCUCUGGUAGAUAUCCCACUCUUCAUAAUUGGCCAUAGUGGCUCUAUGCUUGGGGUCAUUGCGCUGUCGUUUUCAAUCUUUCUAUUACAGUAUGCGAUUCAAAGUCGCCGACCAAAGAAUUUCCCCCCUGGUCCCAAAGGGCUUCCUAUUAUUGGCAAUCUUCACCAGCUGCCACUGAAGAAAUUUUAUCUACGACAAACAGAAUGGUCUAAGAAAUAUGGCAGCAUCGUCGGCUUCAAAAUAGGCCCUCAAAAUGCUGUGGUUCUGAGUAGCUAUCGUCAUGUUAAAGAGUUUGCGCAAGUUCUCAUGUUCAUGGACGGCAGACUCUUCGACAAGCGAGGAGGUAUAUACUCCGGUCGCCCAGAACAAUACGCUGGCCAACAAAUCAUCUGUCCCGAUAAUAUCCAUAUGUUACUGGCCCAAUACGGACCCACAUGGAGAUCAAUGAGGAAGGCCAUGCAAGGCUUACUGAAUGUGAAUGCUAUCGACGCAUUGCAUCCGAUCCAGCUAGCUGAGGCUACACAAACAAUGUCCCACCUGCUCGAUGAUCCCGAGGGCUACUACGAUCACAUUCGGCGUUAUUCUACCUCUGUGAUUCUAGCAUCAGUCUAUAGUCAGAGAGGCGAGAGCUUCCAAUCGCACAAAGUGCAGAGUCUAUAUAACUCGCAGUAUCGCUUCAGUCGAAUUUUGGAACCUGGUGCCACGCCUCCCAUCGACGCCUUCCCGUUCUUGAGGGCAUUGCCUGAAUUUCUCAGUCCUUGGAAAACAGAAGCGAAGGAGAUUCGACAGGAACAGAGCUCUCUCUACUUCAACCUCGUUAAGGAGACGAAGGAACGACGCAGCAAACAUGACUUAGAGCCUUGCUUUAUUGAGAAGCUUCUCGACGAUCAAGAGAAGAAUGGUCUCAACGAUGCGCAGAUUGCUUAUUUGGGAGGCACUUCGAUGGAAGCUGGAUCGGACACUACUUCAGCAGCAUUGCUCACUUUCGUUCUUGCCAUGACACAACACCCGGAAUCCUUGAAGACCCUGCAAGCAGAAUUAGAUGGUGUUCUACGAUGGCGUCCAGUUGCACCUGCUGGAGUUCCUCAUAUGUUAACCCAGGACGACACUUACGAAGGCUACGUACUGCCCAAAGGAACCAUAGUCUUCCUAAACACAUGGGCCAUCCACAUGGACGAAAGCGAAUAUGACGAACCCCAAAAAUUCAUGCCGGAGCGCUUCAUGGGCAACAAAUUUGGCUGCAAGGACCAGGAUGAUUCGGAUGACCAUCGCAGAAUAACAUACAAUUUUGGAGCAGGUCGCCGUGUCUGUCCUGGCCAACGUCUAGCUGAAAAUUCAGUGGUGAGAACCCUUGCCAAGAAGGCACAUAAACUUCCAGAUGUGCUAAUAUUUUCUCAGCUUCUCAAUAUGGCUAAAAUGGCUUGGCUUUUCGAUAUCUUGCCCGUUACUUCUGAGCCGGUCGACAUGAGUAUUCGCUCAGCGUUUACGGACGGAGUCCUUAUUGCGCCCCAUAAAUUUCCCGUGCGAUUUGUGCCUCGUUCUGAACAACGGGUCAAUAUCCUUCAAGCCGAUUUGAAAAAGGCAAAGGAAUUUUUCGCGCGGUAUAAGGAGUAG